AUGUCGACAACGCUUCCUCUUUUCUGGCAUCUCUCCUCGAAUUCCAAGCAGGAGCGUAUUGAUGCGUCGCUGAAGCUUAUCACAGCUUUAAAUCAAUUCCAAGCUCAAUUUACGCCCAAGGUCGAUGCCCGUGGCAGCGGCGACGAUGAGUCGGACAAGGAGGAUGCGGAGGCCGAAGGGCUGGACGCGUUGAAUGCACAUGAUGUGGUUUACUCGAUUCGCAGACUUAUAAGGGGACUUUCGAGCCCGAGAGAGAGCAGUCGCCUCGGUUUUGCGGUCGCUUUGACGGAGCUUUUGUCUCAAUUGGAGACUGUAACAUGCUCGCAGAUCCUCUCCCUAAUACUGGACAACUCUAAACCUCCAACCUCGGCAACUGGACAAGAAGAACGAGACUCAUUAUUCGCCCGUCUAUUCGGACUUACAUCUGUAAUCCAAUCUCGCCUGUUGGUUAACACGAAGGCCCUAUCCGCUUCAGCAUCGUCUACCACUGCUAUUUCUGAUAUCGGAACGUUCAAUGAAGUAAUUUCUCAGCUGCUGAUAUUGGGAGAGAAGAAAUCGUGGUUGCGAGAAAGUGCAUGGUGGAGUAUCAGUUUGGCGGUCGACGUGUUGGAAGCCUCAGAUGUACCAUGGAAGAAGGAGGCAGUCAAGUCAACUAUCGACAAGCUUCUCGUCGAGCAGCAGCAUUGGUCACCAGAGAAGAUUGCUUUGGCCCUGAAGCUACAAACCCAAUAUCCUGCGCAUGACUGGAAAGCGUUAUUGGCACCAACGUUCAAGAAUCCACAGCUUCUCAGCAAUGCCAACCUUCUGAAUAUAGCGCGAUUAAUGAAGGCAUGUCACGAAGACGACGAAAAUGAAGGCUCAAAAUCCGUGGCUGGUGGUUGGAAACCUCAAAUUCACUUUGCUUGGAAGGCCAUCCUCGACCGCUUCUUUGCCUCAGAGAGUCCAAGUCCACCUGUAUCCUUCCAAGAAUUCUUCCGAGUCGUCGUUGAUGAAUCUCUUUUUGCCUCAAAUUCGUCACCACAGCGUAAAUACUGGGGAUUCCAGGUCUUUCAAGCGGCUUUGCCGCGCUUAGAUGGGACUACUUUAUCGAUGCUGUUCACCAAGAACUUCAUGAGGACUUGGAUUAAUCAUCUAUCACAUCAAGAUAGGUACCUGCACAAGGCUGCCAAGCAAGUAGCCACCGAUAUUCAAGCAACUGUCAAAAACAACCCUCGACUUGGUUUCGCGCUCGUUCUUCAACUCACUGGCGUCAACGGUAACAGACAGUUUGAUCGUUUGACAAAGACCAAGACAGUCGAGACUAUCCUUACCUCGAUGGACGCCGAAGGCAUCCAACAUUAUAUCGAAUAUCUAUUCAAGCAAAUGGACGACACCCCUGCCGAGGAGGACAUCCAAGGAAGAGACGCAAGACGAUCGUGGGUCAUUGAUCAGAUAGCAGCGUUGGUCCGCAACGGUUCUGUCCCAAAGAAUGACAAAUGGGUUCAAGAUAUUCUGGAUUGGCUAGUUGUAAACGGUCUCUUUGUUUAUAAGAAGGCCACAGACAAAACGGCUAUCUUGCCGACACAAAAUCUCUCAGACGAACUACGUCAGGACUGCCGCACGCGACUGCUGACAUGCCUCGGGGAACUUACGAACCAAACUGCCACCAUUAAAGGCGACGCUAAAUCGGCCAAAAUUCCCGGAGUCGCAUCCGAUGGUCAAUUCUGGGUGUGCAGGGCCUUAUCGACAAUCACGAAGAUGGAGGGCCUGAAAAAAUAUGUCAAACCGAGUAAUGCAUUCGACGAAGAGAACAGACAAGUUAUUGCAUCAGCGAACGAGACUUUGGUCAUGCUGCAGAAGAAAUCGGCGGAUCAAAUGACAGCCAAAGGCGCUGAGCUUUUACUUGCAGCCACGGUUGUUCAACAAUACUGUGCGGAUAUUCCUGACUUUGACACCCUCAGCGCCUGCAUUGACGGAAUCACGAAAAUGUUUCCCGAGAAGAAGAAAAAGUCGAAGAAAGAUAAAGUCGAGACAACCGACCCCGAACCCAUUGACAUACUGGUCGACGUAAUAAUUGGAUUCAUGGAGCGUUCUACGAAUUAUCUCCGUACUGUCGGCAGCCAGGUCUUUGGGUUGCUGUCCGAAUCUGUCACAAGUACGACCGUCGAUCUGAUCCUCACACAACUAGAACGCCGGGAUCCAGCACCCGUCGAUGAUGAGGAUGAUGAUGAUGAUGAAGGAGACGAAGAAGAAGACGAAGGAGCUGAUGAAGAGGCAUCAACAAAAGAGGACCAUUCAGAAGAAGAGGAUGAGGACGGGGACGAGGAAGAAGAGGACCUAGAAACCCGGCGAAAGAUAGAAGAUGCGUUACGGGCUAAUGGUCUCGCAGACGACGAGGACGAGGACGAGGACUUGAUGGAUGACGACCAGAUGAUGGCCAUAGACGAGCAGCUUGCAGAAAUAUUCCGCUCUCGAGCAAAUGAGAAGCAUGGCAAAGACACUAACGCACAGCGAGAAGCCACGCAUUUCAAAAAUCGUGUUCUAGAUCUCGUGGAAAUGUUCAUAAAGAAGCAACCAUCUAGUCAACUGGUCCUACGCUUUAUAUUACCUUUGGCAGAUCUUGUCGCUGGUUGCGGAUCGGACGAGCAACAGUUGGCCGAUAAGGCAAGAGGCAUCCUUCAAUCUCGCAUCGGCAAAGCCAAGGAGCUGCCGCUGGAGCCGGACGUGAAGGACACCACCAAUGCCCUCAGCGAACUUCACACUCGCGCCAGGAAGCCUCGCUACUCAAGUCUUCUUGGAGCCCUCAGCCAAUGCAGCCUUUAUGCGUCGAAAAUAUUGAUUAUUGCCGACUCCGAAGCAUCCGUUCUCAAGGAAUACAAGGACUCGUUGACCGACUUCAUGACGCGAAAGGGAUCUGCUUUCAACCCGGCCUUCUUCCAAGAUUUCAUACAACGCUUCCCUUCUUCGGGCUGGAAGCUUGGUGACGAUCUGCUAGACCUAUCUUCAAGAUCUGUCAACGUAUAUCGACAGUGCCAAGCCUAUCAUCUGGUCCAUGUGAUGGUAUCUCAACUCCCCAAGCUCGAUCAGGCUGAUCGCCCAAGUAAAGUUGAAAGCUUCAUGCCCAAUUUACGCAAGGCUUUGUACGACGUCAUUUCAUCCGCCGCUGAAGAGAAGCUUGUCCUUUCCACAUCACAAAUGAAAGAGCUCUUCAAGUUGGGAUUGCUGGCUGAGCGACAGACAUCUGUCAAUGUUCCUGAUGGCGCGGAGGGUAUCUGGUUACCUGAAACAUGGACUACAUUACAAUCAAAAAUUUCCGCUGCACCACGAUACAAGAGUUCCCCUGCGCUGGCGACUAUGUGUGGUCGGAUGGGGAAAGUGACCAAGAAAGCUGCCCAAAAACGAAAAGCCGCAGAAGCCACGGGCGAGGAGAGUACCGCCCCAAAACCAAAGCGCAAGAAAAAAUAG